CUGCUGCAAUAGAAGAAGAAAUCAUAGAAGAUACAUCCACCGUCAAUCCAAAAAGAAAAAGUUUGUUUUCUCAUCUUGAAAAUAAUAUUAAAAGAAAAAAACAUAUUGAUCCAUUUCAAUACAUUCGAGACGAGAUAUCAUUAUAUUUGGAAGAUAUCGAAAAUGAUAAAAUGCUAGUUUUUCGAAAAUCAUCUGUUUAUAAGACGUUGAACCAAGUAGCAAAGAAAGUUCUUUCUGUUCCAGCAACAUCGGCGCCUGUGGAGCGCGUUUUUUUCCAGAGUGGAUUUCUCAUGCGUCAACACAGAGCUUCGAUGGCAAAAACAACCUUAAAGAUGUUAACAAUGUUAAAAUGUAAUAAGCAUCUUCGAUAAUUUUGUAAAACUUGUAUAUUUUUAUAAUAAGUGGAAAAUUGUAUAUUUUAUGAUAGUUAUGUAAAACUUGUAUAUUUAUAAUAUAUGAAUGAAAAAUUGUAUUUUUUUAUGAUAUUUAUGUAAAAGUUGUAUAAUUUAUAAUAUUUAUAUAAAAUUGUAUAUUUAUAAUGCAUGAGUAAGAAAUGGUAUUUUUUAUGAUAUUUAUGUAAAACUUGUAUAUUUUAUAAUAAAUGAGUUAAAGAUUAUAUUUUCUAUGAAUAGUUAUGUAAAAAUUGUACAUUUAUAUUAUAAAAGUACAACAAUUGUAUUGUUUGUGUACUGCGUGCCGAAGUUGUGCUUUUACAGCCGCAUCAUAUUUUUUGAAAACACAAAUAGUAUUCGAGUUGACUGAGUCGUAUGAAAGAAUAAUUCUUAAUUGGAGGGGCUUAAUUUGGCUUGAGNACUUGAAAAAUCUGUAAGUUGCCCACCUCUGGUUUGACUUGGUAAAAAAAAAUAUUGGGUUUGACUUGACUUGACUUGACUUGAAAUAUUCUUUUAGUGACUUGACUUGACUUGUGACUUGAAAAAUCUGUAAGUUGCCCACCUCUGGUCUGGAAUAUUUGGGAGAAAGGGCGUCAGCCAUGAAAAAGCUACAUUAAAACAUGGAAGCAUCUAUGAUAAAUACGAUAUUCUCGAAGAAGUCGAACGGUAAAAAAUGCCUUAAAUAUUUUCUUUGUUCCUAAUAUUUGUUUCUUUUUUUAAUUUAUGCUUUUGGUGUUGUUCAUCGUUGUAUUGAAAAAGCUAUUGACAAAACUUAUACUGCAAAAUUCACUCCAACAUAAACACACACUGAUAAAGCGACUGUUCAAGAUGAAAUGGAAGUAAUGAUGGAUUUAAAUUAUCCAAAAUGACUUCAUUUAGAUGAUGUAUUUGAAAAUGAAGUUGAAAUGGCAAUGAUCACAGAAUUUGUUGCUGGAGGAGAAUUAUUCGAUCGUAUUACUGAUCCAAAUUAUAAAAUGACUGAAGCUGAACCAAUUAAAUAUAUCAGAAAAAUAUGUCAAGGUCGGGCUUCAGCAUAUGCAUGAAAAUAAUAUUCUUCAUUUGUAUUUAAAAGUAAGAUCAAUUAAAUCAAAGAAUUAAAUGUAUUUCUUUAGCCGGAAAGUCUUAUGUGUCAAACAAAAAACCAGUACAAAUAUAAAAAUAUGUCAUUUUAGUUUAGUUACAAAACUUUAUCCAAAUGAAGUUGUUAAAAUUAGUAGAACAACUGUUGAAUUUGCCUAACCUGAAAUUAUUGAUCAUAAUGCUGUUGGAUUUUAUAGAGAUAUGUGAGCAGCAGAUGUUCUUGUCUAUGUUAUGAAACGUUGAAAAAAACACAUAUUUUUUUGUUUAUUUUACGAUUAAAAUUUUAGUUUAAGCGGUUUAUCACCUUUUGCUGGUCAAGAUGAUAAUGAAACAAUAGAAAAUAUAUAUUUUAUUCAAAAACUUUUAUUAAAAAAUCGAAAUUCUCGAAUGUCUGUACAUGAUGCACUAGAUCAUCUAUGGUUAUGUGAAGAUCAUCCUGAACUUGAUUCACCUAUCAAAUCAAGUAGAUUUGAUCAUAUUCGUUGA